CGUUCGCCCAACUGAGUGCACUGAUCUCUACCGACUAAGAUUCGUAGCGCUGACAUUUGUUGUUGCAAAUCUUCGUUUUGUCUUUCUAACAGCUUUACGCUUAGUAGCCAUAGAUAUGCUCAACAUCCGUUUGGUUAACUUUCCCUAUUCACUAAUAUCCAUGGGCUGUCUGGACUUAGCCUGUUGAGGUAUCUGGGAUACAGCUUCUACGAUGCUCUGGAUUAAAUAUGAUACAAAUAACUGCAUUUCUGAUUCUUCGUCAAACCUGAGAAUCCAGUAGCAAAGUAGGCCUGUGAGCUUUAGUUUCAACACCAGUGAGUUUCAUUUUGUUCCCAGCUUUGCUGCACGAACUGCUGAACUGACUAACAUUUGUAGGUGAUUUUCAAUUGAAUGCUGGUAACCUUAAUGAGCGUAAUGAUCACUCCCUAUUUUUCCAUUCCGCAUAAUCUUUAUCGGCAAUGACUUCGUUUUCAAAUUUACCUUUUAUCUGAUACUUCAUAACAUUGAAAACUAAAUUUUGUUUUACAACACUAAUAGUAAGCUCCAAAUCGAACUCCCGCUUAGAACAAAUCUGUAAGCUCUUGGCGAGUAUUCAAUCGUCGGCGACGUAGUGAAUAAGUAACCAGGACAUAGUUCUAAAUGCAUAUAUCCAGAAGAAUAUAAAUUGACGGAUCUUGACUAGUGACUCAGCGAACUCUACCUAAGUAGAGAGUGUUACCCACUCAUAUUUGGAUGUAAAGGCGCGAUACGGUAGCUGAAAUUCGCAAACAACUUAGCUUCUGAUAUUGCAACAGACAUUUAUCAAAUAAGUUGUGUUCAGUUUAUCCAGGCUUCACAAAGCAGUAUGGAUUUUAAUGCAAAAACCGGAAUAAAAAAACAACGUAAUACCAGAGUGAUGUAUGAUGAAGAAGACAAAGAAAACCUAUGGGAAAUUCACCAGGUGAUUCCGACAGAAACUUCGAAAAAUGUGAGGAAUAGUAUAAGAAAAUCCGAGAGGCCACGACGAUUCAUUUCAGUCUAUGACAAUGAUUUCGUUUUCGAUAAUUAUUUCAUAAAAAUACUUACAUCCCAUUCGCGACCACAAUCCCCACCGAGAUCCAAUGAUAAAUCGGUAAAUGUUCAUCAAUUGAUGGAUGUCACAAGGGCAAUUGGUGAACAGCUAGUGCAAAACAGAGGAGAGAUAAAUUCCUCUACGAUGAAAGAUCUCUCUUCACUGUUACAGUUAUCUGUUAAUGACAACUGUCAACCAUUAAGAAAAAAGCUUAAAAAAGGCAAGAUAAAUGACCAGCUUGAAAAUUCGUCGAAAUGUUCACUUCCAGCAGUACUUUCAGAUGUUAAUCCACCAUAUAAUGAUAAAAAUGUGCCCAGAACAAACUGGUAUUCACGAAGAAAUGCCUAUUUAACAUUACUUUCUGAAAUUCAAGAUUCAUUAUCAGAUUCGUCGACUACCUAUCCAUCAUCAUCAUCAUUAUCAUCGGCACAUAACUCAUUAGACGGAUGUGUACAGAAUAGUACUUCGUCCUGCUUAGUAUCCAAAGAUGUUGUAACUGCUCAGGAAAAAGCACUCCACAAACUGGAACCAAAUAUUAUGGGGUAUAGAUGGAGUAGUAAAGAGGAGGCGUAUGGAACAUCAUCGACUGACACAGGGGUGGAAGCGUUACUCUCAUGGAAAUAGUGAAAUUUCCCUUCAUCAUUUCAUUUUUUUUCUUCAGUGUGAUUAGUUAUCUUCAUAAUGUGACUGACUAUAAAUAAAUACCAUCCAGUAGAAAAUUGCAUUUUGCCAACUUGUGCAUUUUCAAUUUUUUAUCAUUCUUUUUUUUAUUUGUUAGUUUUUUUUUCAAAUUUUUCCAGAAUAUUUUUCCAGUUUAUUUCUUUUUUGUUUAUUUUGUUGUUGUUAUUGUUGUGAAAAUAAAGCAAGGGAACUAGAAGUAUUUUAUUUGUUUUCAUUGUCUUUUAAAGGAGAUUUGUUUGCCUGUUGUAAGGUAUUCU